AUGGACGACGACGACCGCCGAGUAAAGCGCUCGCGCUUCGAUCAAACCGAACCCGAGCCUCGUCGCUCCCGAUUCGACCGUCGUUCGCGAUCCCCGUCCGCCAAACAGUCGGAGUCGGCUCGCACCCGCAGUCCGCUGAGUCGCGAACCUCGCAGUCCUGCCGGAGAUGCUCAGGCAAAGGCUUCGGUUGAUCCAGCCGCUGCAGCCGCUGCGGCCGCGGCCAAGAUCAAUGCUCAGCUGCAAGCAAAGAAGGGCAUCCAGCAUGUCGAUGUUCCCCCAAUUCGCUCGACCGAAAGCCCUGGAAUGCAGUCAGAUUCCCCGUCAAACGCAGACGGCAAGCCCAACCCCGAAAUCUAUGUCGCCGACGGAGACUACAUCAAAGACAUCGAGAUCAAUGAUUUGCGCAACCGCUACACUCUGACUAAGGGCUCCACACAAAAGAUGAUCAAAGAUGAAACUGGCGCCGAUGUCACCACCCGAGGAAACUAUUAUCCGGACAAAAACAUGGCGACCGCGACUAACCCCCCUCUCUACCUCCAUGUGACCAGCACUAGCAAAGAAGGUCUUGAGAAAGCCGUGCAGAUCAUUGACGAUCUCAUGAAGAAAGAACUUCCGAACUUGGUCGACGAGCGACGCUUCCGCCGGAGGGAACCAGAGCAGCAAGUGGAGCGGGAUGAGUUUGGUCGUCGCAAAUGGCCCGAUGAGCGGAUUCCCAUUGACCUCGAGCCCAUUCCUGGUUUCAAUCUGCGUGCCCAGGUUGUCGGCCAGGGUGGCGCGUACGUGAAGCACAUUCAGCAGAAAACACGCUGUCGCGUUCAGAUUAAAGGCCGGGGGUCUGGAUUCAUUGAAUCCAGCACAGGCCGAGAGAGUGAUGAGCCAAUGUUCUUGCAUGUCGCCGGUCCUGACCCCAAUGACGUCCAGGCUGCUAAAGAGCUCUGCGAAGACCUUCUGGCAAACGUUCGGGAACAGUACCAGAACUUCAAGGACAACCCACCCCAGCAUAACUACGGCGGCUACGGCCGUGGUGGUGGGGAUCGGUAUCACGGCGGCGGCGGCGGCGGUGGUGGUGGCGGCGGCGGUUAUAAUCGAUACAACGACCGCCACCAGCAACAGCAAUCCCCUGGUCCUUCUGCUGCGAGCCCAACCGGCCAGGCCGCCUCUGGCGCCGCCAGCGCCGCCAAUGUGGCUGACUAUAGCGCGCAAUACGCUCAGUACUAUGGAUCUGAUCCCUACGCCGCCUACGGUGGAUACCAGAACUACGUUGCCUACUACCAGUACUACCAGCAAGCUGCUGCUGCCCAACAGCAGCAACAGGCGUCGGAGAGCCCUGCUCCGCCGCCCCCUCCCCCAGCUAGCGAAGCUCCUCCUCCGCCUCCUCCAGGCUCUGGAUCUCCUCCCCCGCCCCCUGGAGGAGGUAGCUAUGGCGCGGUCCCUCCCCCACCCGGCUUGUAA